AUGUCUGAGAAAAGAAUGUCCAAAUUGGCAGCGAUAGACGAUCCGACUAAUCGUGAACCAAAAACGAAGAAAUCGUUCUUUCAUCGAAGAGUCGUUCGUCCAAUCAAAAAGAACCCGCUCAUAAGUGUCAGUGCUAUAUUAAUUGCACUGUCGACUUUGCUGUUAUCUGUAUUAUUGAUCGGGGGAAGCGGAUCAGUUUACCUGAGUAAAUUUGUAUUUGAUGAUCUGAUAAAGGGUAUUACGAAAAAGUCUUCAAUCACUUUUACGUUGUAUGGUCAUUGUGUGGAUGAUAAAUGCACCAAACCGUCAAUGGUCUAUCGAUUUGACCAGAUGCCGACUUCAUCCGAAAUAAUCAAUAUCACUUCUAGCAACCCGUUAUCCUUUACCAAACGACUAGACAUUGGCGGAGCGGUAAGCGGUGCAGGACAAGCGGCUUCCGAUGCAGGACAGGCAGUUUCUAACGCGGGACAAUCAGCCGCGAACAGCCCAGCAGGAGAUGCGGCUAAAAACGGUAUAGACGCGGCCGGACAAGCAGCAUCAGACGCCGCCAACUCUGCUGCCGACAUUGCGCAAAAGGCAGCGAAACUGUUGUCUUCAAUGUUGGAUGGUUUGAAGAAUUUCCAACCAAAAAGAGCUAUCAAUGGAAUAACCGGAUUGUUCUCUGUUCCAUACGUCGUCGCGCUCAUCUGCAAUGUUAUUGCUCUCGUCUUGCUAUUUUUCAGUCUACCAUCUAUCGCCACUCUAUUCUUAUUUGUUGCUGUAUUCAUGAACGCCCUUGCUCUAGUCUUUGAUCUAUUGUUAUUUGUAUGGGUUUUUGAAUUGGUUGGACUGAUACCAGGUAUCGGCGAUUCAUUCACUGGCCCAGGCAUUCGAAUUGCAGAAUGCAGCGCCGCAUUCUUGGCCCUUGCUACGUUGCUACUGGGCGGUAGAUUGUAUUAUAUGUUAUGCUGUGGUGGUGGAUGCAAGAAAGGGAUGAAGUUUGUCAAGAAACACGUAAAGAAAGGCGUAAAGAAAUUGAGAAAGGAAAAAGAAAAGACGCCAGAGGAGCAGCAUUGGGACCGGGUGUGA